CGUCCUUCUCCACUCACAGUUCUUCCGCUGCCAAAUCAAGAGAAAGGGCAGCGUCUCCUCUCUCAAGGUCACGGUCCUUACUCUUCCCUCCCCUUCCUUCAGUCCUCCGUAGCCUCCUGUCUCCAGUCCCGUCUCCAGUCCAUCCACUUUGCUCUGUCAGGUCGUCGAGGUCUUCCGUCUCUGUCAAAUCUGAACCUCCACAAUCAUUUCUUGCACAGGCACACUCGUUACGGCCUCCCUUUCUCCUACUACUUUUCUUCAACCACCAUCCCAAUCACCGUCACCGUCACCGUCACCGUCACCGUCACCGUCACCGUCACCGUCACCGCCGCCCAGCUCUCUCCCUCAACAUACUCCCUCUCGCUCACCCGUUCAGUCCAUUCACGACACGAACGGCCAUCUAUUUCAGGAGUGGGUAACAUAGCAGGGCCAGAAAAUCUCGAAACAAGCAUCGCCGACAACGACCCAUCUCGUCCAAAGUCCAGCCUCCAACGAUUCCGUCGAUCGCUUCUUUCCAAGCUUCCAACUUCCAUCAACACCAACCCGAGACCAUUCACUUGGUUCUUGAGUUCUCCGUAAACUUCUAGAACAGCCCAUUUUCAUUUCGACCACACAUACCCUUUACAGCACGACGCGAUAUACAUCGAGUCGGGCUUCUUUUCAUCAACCCUAAUCGACUGACCUCCCACCAUCUUCGAGGCCACGGCCAUCUAAUCAACCAACAUGAGGUCGCCUACCAUGAUUGUCGCAGCUAGCCUGCUCAUGGCGGCAUCAUCGGUCACAGCAUUGUUGGAACCCAAAUCCCAAGGAUGCUACUCCGAUUUGAGCGCCUACACCUUCAACAACACCGCCAUGUAUCAAACAGAAGGAUUAUGUCAAACAGCCUGCGCUCCAGCUGGAUAUAAUGCCAUGGCCACAACGAAAGGUUCCGACUGUUGGUGUGGUGCCAAGUAUCCACCAGCGAGUCUAAAGGUGGACGACGCACUCUGUGAUACCCCAUGUGCUGGUUUUGGAGAGAAGACUUGUAGGUGUGCUGUCCGUUAGAUAUCGGGUUAUUGGCUAACAAUCAUCAAGGUGGUGGAGACAAAUAUUUCACCGUGUAUACCAGUGGAAGGGUUGCAAAGGUUGAAACCGAAACAGCCAGCGGCGGCAGCUCCUCAUCCGCUCCACCAUCGACAACCUCAUCCGCUCCUCCGUCGGUAGUCACAGUCCCUGGCGAGACAAUUCUCGUAACAGCUGCUCCUGGUACCACCUCCAACGCAGCCGCGACCUCAUCUGCACCCGCCAAGAGCUCAGGAGGACCAAGUAAAGCAGGUAUCGCUGCGGGUGUGGUCGUGGGAAUACUGGCUCUUGCUGCGAUCGCUGGAGGUGCAUUCUUAUUCAUUCGCAACAAGAACCGACGUGAGGUCGAAGAGGAAUACCGACGCAAUGCUGCUGUGAGCAGUUUCAUUGCUGGAGGAGGAAAACCGCCAACCAGCAGUGGUGGUGCUUCAUCAUUCAACGAUACUCGAUUGGACCCAUCAGUCAUGGCCCAAAGAAGAAUGAGUGAUGGUAGCAUUGCCGACAACCAAGAUUACUCCAGGAGGAUUCUCAAGGUAUGUAGAGAUGUGUAUGGAAGGAAGUAUGCGAAUUGUAAGCUGACCACCAUCUACAGGUAACCAAUGCCUAGAUAAGCGACUAUACGACAACGAGUUUCCCCAUGUCAUUUAGCAUCUCUUCUGUCAUGGCGUUUACGGUUUUCCUGGGUGCAUAUUGGUUUGCUUUAGGUCUCCAUCUUGUGUUUUUAUCAAGACCAUAUUGGUGUUUUUGUGUAUAGAUGUGAAGUAGGCGAGGGCACAAGAAGAAGUGCUCUUGAAUAUGAAGGUCAUUUUCACAUUUGGCAUCAUAAGAAAAAUCUACGAUACACAAUCAACACACUAUUUCGCAAGCCGUCCUGUCCUUUCAGACUUUUUCUUCUUUCUCCAUCCACAUAUACCGUCAAACCCGAUUCAACCUCUUUUCGAUUGACCUCUCUUACCUUCGCCCAAAUACCCGAUAUCCCAUCAAAUCCCUCGUCCUCCUAUCGAAUCUCCUUUUUCACGACUCGAAUCAUUUCCUCGGUCAUAUCGAAUACCCCAAAACCUCACGCUGCUACCGCUCGCCCUUUCCCAUAGAAUUCUCUCGAUCAGGAGAACGAUUCUUCUUUAUGCUUGUCUCGUCUUUUUCAUGACAAGGGAAGCUGGGUCUUAUGUGGCCUCUUUCUCCGAUGUCUUGAAGUCGACAUUUGUAUCUUAGGUGGAUAACCUUUACCCUUUUCUUUUUUUCGCACUAUUUCUUUGCCUCGUUCCUUGGACACGUGAGAGGGUGGGUUGGUUGAUUUUUCUGAAUGGAAAGAAAAUGGGGUGGAGAAGUGAUAUGUUGACAUCUUUUUUGCUGCUGAGUUGGUGGGAAGGAAAUCAGGAGUAUUGAGAAGGGGACGAGGGAGGUAGAUGGAGAUAUGGCGAGAGAGGGAGGAAGAGAUGAAAGGUACCAUAGAUCCGAUUGUAAUGAAAGUCAAAAAGAAAAUUUUUCCAAAAUUUAU